AUGAAUGUUCCGAACAUGGGCUCGCCCGACGCGCACGGGGCGCACGGCUACUACGAGGAAGAGGGGCGCGGAGGCGGACAGGGCAUGGCGGGUAACGUGGGCGGCAACCCCGCGGUGAUGAUCGCGGGGCCCGGCGGCUACUACAUGGCGCCAGUGUACCCGGCGGGGAUGCCGGCGCUGCCGCAACAGAACACGCCGCAGUUCUCGGACGCGAUGUUCAACUCGUUCCUGGCGCAGUUCGGCGGACAGCGGCAGGGCGGUAUGAGCGGGGGACAGGUGGCGCCAGUGGGACAGGUGGCCGCGCCGGUGGGGCAGGUGACCGCGCCGGUGGGGCAGCAGCAGGUGCUGCCGGCGCAGGGACAGGGCGGGGGCUCGCAGCGGUACUUCCACGCGGCAAUGGCGGCGGGGGGCGGGCCGACGAUGCUGGAGUUCCAGCCGCAAUUCGCGUACGCGAUGGCGCCGCAGGCGUCGCAGCCCGCGGCCAGCUACCUGCCCGCGGGCGGGGCGUGGGGCGCGCGGCGCGGCGCGCGGCCGUACGGCGGCGCAGCGGUGGCGGCGGCGCCCAAGAAGAUGAGCACGACGCAGUCGCGGAUUGAGAAGCGCAAGCGGCUGAAGAAGCAGGGCCCCAAGCGGCCGUCGUCGGCGUACUUCCUGUUCUCGAUGUCGAUCCGCGAGGAGCUGCUGCGGCAGUACCCGGACGCGAAGGUGCCGGAGCUGAGCAAGCUGUCGAGCGCGCGGUGGAAGGAGCUGUCGGAGGAGGACAAGAAGCCGUUCUACGAGCAGUUCAAGGACAACUGGGAGAAGUACCGGGUCGCGCGCAAGGAGUACGAGGCGACGCUGCCGCCGAAGCGGCCGUCGGGGCCGUUCAUCCAGUUCACGUCGGAGAUGCGGCCGAAGCUGCUCAAGGACAACCCGGACAAGUCGCUGAUCGAGAUCACGAAGCUGGUGGGCGAGCAGUGGCGCAGCCUCCCGCCGGAGGAGAAGCAGAAGUACACGGACGCGUACAAGCAGAAGCUGAAGGAGUGGGAGGAGUUCUACCCCGACGAAGACCUGGACGAGGCCGCGCACGCGGCCGGCGGCCUGGCGGCCGCCAGCAGCAAGAUCCCCGUCAACUCCGAGCACUAG